AUGCCUCCCAGACCUGCAAGACACACUGCUCGCUACGCAAGUAGGGAACCUGAAGAGACUGGUGGAACUCAAACUUCUCUCGUCAAACCUCAGUUACCGAAUCUCAGAGGAACCCCAAGUUCUCGGAGACAGUACACAUAUGGCGCUGCUGUUGAGCCACCACCCAGAAUAGGAGCUGGCCUUCAGCGCAUGGAUUUGCAGAAUGCUGUCAGCCAGGCUCUUGCAAAACGCCCUGGCGAGGACGAAGAAUUUGUUCGGCCAGCAAUACCAAAACAAACAGCUGCAAAGGCAGACCGAGGCACGACAAAGAAAGACAAUGCGGCACGACAGGCAGUAACGACUAUUACUGGACAUUUAGCCGUUGACAGAGAUGAUGACAGCUCGCGAAGUUUUGGACUGGAAAGCGAAUAUUAUGACAAUGCGACGAUAGGAACGGCACCGCCAAAGCCCUUAGCUCCCGAAAAGCGACGAGCCGCAACCAAGUCACGCUUUGAGCCUCAAGAGGAAGAGUCCAGUGAUGAUGAUUCACUGCCAUCUCGACAUGAGAAUGAGCCGAGAUCUUCAGCACGGGUGAUUCAGAACUUUGAUGAAAUCGACGCACCGAGACAGACCAGUGCACAGUCUCGUUCUCGAAGCCAUGGAGCUUCAGCAAGGCCAGUCGAUAACCCGGAGACCCAGAAGGAUGCAGCCGACGCCGCGAAGCAGAGUAGUAAACAGUCAUCUCGUUCUCGAAGCCAGAGGGCUUCAGCCAAACCGACUGAAGACUUGGAAACUCAACCGGAUGCAGCCGAUACAGUGAGACAGACUAGUAAGAAGUCAUCUCGUUCUCGGACCCAGCCGAAUAUUUUAGCACGGCUGAAUGAGCAUGGAGGUACUCAACAGUCAUCAAAGUCCACAAUAUGGGCGACACAGAAACCCCUUGAGGCCGAGGCUCAAGCGGAAGCAGGGGCUGGAUCUACACACAAUGACCGGAGCUCCAACGGAAGGAAAAGCCUUUUCCGUAAAGCUACGGGCUCAGGAACAGAUGCAUUGAACAGAGCCCGCCAAAUCCCGAGUGAUCCACAACAACGUGACCAGGAGAUUCAAAGAGAAAUCUCAGCAGCCGAGGCGGAGAAUGAUCGCAUACGUACCAUGGUAGAGCGGAUGGCAGCCGAUCCUUGGUAUUAUGAGUGGAUGCGAUUUAGAGGUUGGCUCAGAUUCAUAUUUUGGCCGCCUUAUUGGUUUGGGCGUGGAGGAGGAGAUCCCUUCGAUUUCACCUUCAACGAUGAUAUCGACGAAAGUGAGGAGAGCCCGACAGAAUGGGGGCGCCUGUUCAACCCCAUGACAUAUCUUUUGGUCUUGAAGCGUUGGUUUGACGGAAUUAUGGACCGUGUCUUUCGCUUCAUUGAUCGUCUAUCUGGUAUUCAAGUUGGUCAAGUACAAAGAUCGUUCGCCCAACGCAUAACAUGGGCUGUGGCAUUAGGCGGUUUCGCUUUCUUCCUCCUUAUAGGUUCUGGGGCUCUACAUCACAUCCCCGAUCUUCCGGAUAUCGACUCUUUGAAGCCGAGUGUCAGUUGGCCGAGCACUGAUAGUUUCAGCUUUGGAAACAUAAUACCCUCGGUACCAACGGUGUCAUGGCCUUCGUGGCCUUCAUGGAGCAGAGACAGCGACGACCUUCCUUUCUAUGACCCGUUUGCCAUGGACGACGUUGUCAUCCCAGAUGACCACAAGAGGGCAUUGGACGCGCUCAAGAAUCAAGCCGAGAUCCACAAAAAGGCCCUCAAGAGGCUGGAAACAAUUCUUCCUCGGAUUGUGCACAUGGAUCUCGUCAAAGGACGCCCGUCAAUCAAGCCCGAGUUCUGGCAUGCUCUUCAAGAUCAUCUCAGAGAGAGCGGAAGCUUCUUGAAUCUUGACAACAAGCGCGGCAACUACGAGAUCUCUUCUGAACAGCAGUGGAAAGCCAUUGUGGCACGCCUCGGAAAAGAUUCCAUCUUCAAGGGGAAGCUCGAUGGCAUUGUUAGCAGCACUAUCCAAGACAGACUACCAAACUUCUGGGACACGUGGUUCAGAAACAACAAUGCCGUGCUCGAACCGCUCGUAGAAAAGGCAAUGGCUAAGAAACAGACUGCCGGCUCAGGAGCUGCCUUUGAUCAAAAGCUUUCCAAGAUUGUCAGCGACGAACUUCGCAAGCAGAACCAAACUGCUGUUUCUCGAGAUGACUUCCUGGCACAUCUCAGGGACGAUUUGACAAAGCAUGAAUCACAAAUCCAAGCCGAGUUUAGCAGACUCAAAUCGGACAUGGAUGAUCACAUCAAGGAGUCAAUUCGGACUGCCAAGAUGAUGGCUCCCCAGACCAUGUCGGAUACUGAGAUGAAGCAGCUCAUUCGAAAGAUCGUCCACCAAACUCUUACAGAUGGCAGCCUCAAAGCUGUCGCCAAGAGCAAGAUUCAUGCCCACUGGCACUCCGAUCUCAAAUACCAGGUCAACUUUUUCGGAAUCGGAGCCGGGGCUACCAUGGAAACACAUUAUACGGCGCCCGAUUGGAACCCAUACACGGCCCAAACCACUGAAAAGGACGCCCUCGCGCUUGGACUCACAGGGAUUCAUCCUCGUCCUCGUAUCGAGGUACUUCUCCCUUGGCAAGAGGAGGGAGACCGCUGGUGCGGAUCACAUGCGGUAGAUUCCGACGGGAGACCUCACGGUGUUGGAGUUUCUAUUCAUCUGGGUCAUUUAGUCGUCCCUGAGAACAUUGCUGUUGAACACAUUCACCCCAACGCAACGAUGGACCCUGAUGCUCGACCACGACACAUUGAAGUCUUUGCCAGGUUUGAAGUCAAGGAAGAACAAGAACUUGUGCGCGACUAUUCAUCGAACAAGUUCCCCGAGAACAUCAACGGCUGGAACUUUAACCCUUCUCCUUUACCAGAAUCAUUCGUCAAGAUUACACAAUUCGAGUAUCAAGGCGAUGAGUUGAAUGAAGGCGUACACGUUCAUCACAUCAACGAUGAAUUCGCCAAUCUGGGCAUUCCGACGGACCAUGUCAUCAUUCGUGCUAUGAGCAACUAUGGUGCGCCGGACCACACGUGCUUUUACCGAGUGAGGUUGUUUGGAAGACCGGUGGAUGAAUUGUCGUGA